UUUGAACCUACUGAUUAAAAUUCCACAUGGCGAGAUGUCGAGCGACAUUGAACUGAUCCUACUUGAUGAAGCUCAGCAGAUCUUGGAAGAUCAGGCGCUGGCCCGGCGCCUAUCGCAGGAAGAGUUUGAACGGCUUGAAGGAGCCCCGGUGCAGGUCGACUCUGACAGCCCGGCGAGGACGAAGCGGAAGAGAACCCCAAGUAUUGACUUGGACCCGGUCCUCGGCAACUGGCCGGCAGAGGAACAGAUGUCAGAAGCCGCUCGAGAAGAGGUAGAACAGAUGUGGGCUCGCUGCCUCCGGGGAGAAGAACUUUGGGAUGAACUCGCGGGAGACUCCACUGACGAGGCUUACCAUCUUCAUGCCCUUCACUCUUUGCUGCAGGAGUUCCGGCGUGCACCAGCAGCUUUCAUCAAGGAGACCUUUGCCAAGGCUGGCUCAUACUCUGAGGCCCGAGCGAUGGUAGAGGACAGUGAAGAGGUCAAUGGCAACAAGACAAAGCGACCGCAAAAGUUAGCUCCUCCUUGCGAGAUCCCGAAGCUCUUGCAAAAGGAGAUGGAGCUCGGUCGCGAAGCAGUGGGGAUCCAGAAGGCGUUAUCAAAGCGGAAGCAGGUGAGAGCAGGACGGGUUGCGCAGCUUAAAGCAGUGGGCGGCCUUGGAACCUGCGGCUGCUGCUUUGAUGAUGAGUUGUUGCCGGAGGAGGAGCUGCGAUGCAAUGCGGCUGAGGGUCAUGGCUUUUGCAUUCCCUGUGUUAAACGUGCAGCAGCGGAAUUCUUUGGCCAGGGCUUGUUUACGCUGAACCUAUCUGCCGGCGGCUCGUCAUCUUCAGAGCCACCUCGUGUCAGUGCGACUGUCCUUCGCUGUUUGGACACUUCUGGCUGCGAAGGGCACUUCUUGGACUCUUCGCUACAGAAGGCUUUGCCACGCAAAGAUUAUGUCAGAUACUCAAGGCGAUCAGCUGCAUUGCAGGCAGCUGCCUCUGGCUUAGAAGAUUUGGUCGCGUGUCCCUCAUGCGACUUCAUGGUCCAGAUGAGUGACCGAAAUGAUGGGAUCGUGAGAUGUUUGGAUCCAGAGUGUGGGAAAAUCACUUGCCGCUGGUGCAUGCAACCAGAGCAUGGUCCAUUGAAGUGCGAUGAAGUGGAGAAGGACGGAGAAACCCGAAUCAGGACCUUCCUGGAAGAAAAGAUGGCAGAAGCGGUUCUGCGCAGGUGCCCAAAGUGCCACAAGCCGUACGAAAGGACGGAAGGGUGCAACCACAUCAGAUGCCCUUGCGGCACACAUAGCUGUUACUUGUGCGGGCAAGAGCUGGACAAGAAGCGGCCAUACGAUCACUACAAGGAUGGACACCUUGGAGGUGGCACCAAUGAUUCCAGCUCCAAGUGCAUUGUGUACGGCACACCAAAGUGGGCAGAGAGCAAAAAACAGAGAGAGGACAGCGACAGCUGGGCGGGCGACUGUCCCUGUGAUCGCCGAUGUGAUGCCUAUGCUCCCGGCGACCAAAGGGGUACCACACCAGCGACCGGAGGGGUGGAGGCUCCUAAAUGUGUCAAAAUGACCUGCCACAGCCACAUCGGAAGGACAUGGCGCUUGGUCGGGUGGCAUCCGCCAUGGUCCAAGCAUUUCGGGGCUUGGACGGGAUGGACCAACCGGCUUUCCCCACAGGAGGCCGAAGCGGCGCUGCGGAAAUAUUUGAGCGAAAAUCCCGAACUCCAAGAGGUGGCCAAGGCCUCGAGCCAUGCGAAGCGGAAGAGGUUGCAGGAAAUCAUGCAACUUUCUCCGCUGAAUGCGCAGAAGAAAAAGAGAAGCUCGGAGGAAUUCCUGUCACCCGAGUUCCAGCGAGCUUGCUUGAUUCAAUGAUGCCAUCUCCACAAGUGAGCUUGGCAAAGGGGCACUUUCUUGCGGAGAGUUUGGGUGGACCUUUGCGCGAGCCCAUAGAGCAUAUUCACAGUCACCUCUGGGCAGGUGCCGAAUAUGUGAGAGUCCCAUGAGUGAUCGGGGGAAGCAAAA